CGAUUCUGGGGGUCAGAACUGCGUGGGAUCGGGGGGAGGGGAUCCCCCCGGUUGGCCGGGAUCCAUCCCGGGCCGAGGGGGGUCCGCAGCCCCCGGAUCCCCCCGGUGCGGUGCCGAUCCCGGUUCCGCAGGGGAUGCGCGGGGCUCUGCGGCUCGUGCGGUUCCGGGGGGCCGCGGGCGGGGGGCCCAGGCUCGGGCUGGAGGAGGCGCCCGGGGGGGACCUGGUGGAUCUGAACGCGGCCGAGCCGGCGCUGCCCCUGUCCAUGCGGGAGUUCCUGGAGCUCGGCCCGCGCGGGCUGGAGCUCGCCCAGAGGGCCCUGGAGUCGGGGCAGCACCGGGUGGCUCGCGGGGCCACGCGGCUCCUGGCGCCCGUGGGAGACCCUGAGAAGCUGAUCUGUGUGGGGCUCAACUACCGCGACCACUGCGAGGAGCAGGGUGCCAGGGUGCCCAAGGAGCCCAUCAUCUUCAGCAAGUUCCCCAGCGCCAUCACCGGGCCCUUCGAUGACAUCGUGCUCCCCCAGGACAGCACCGAGGUGGACUGGGAGGUGGAACUGGCCGCUGUCAUUGGGAAGAGGGGGCGGCACAUCGAGGAGUCGGCAGCCCUGGAGCACGUGGUGGGGUUCACGGUGGCCAACGACGUGAGCGCCCGGGACUGGCAGCUGCGCAACGGGCGGCAGUGGCUGCUGGGGAAAACCUUUGACACCUUCUGUCCCCUGGGGCCCGCCCUUGUCACCAGGGAGGCGGUGAAAGACCCCCACAACCUGUGGAUCCGCUGCAGCAUCAAUGGGCGCCCAAUGCAGGACAGCAGCACCCACCACCUCGUCUUUGGGGUGCCCGCCCUCAUCGCCUGGGUGUCCCGGUUCGUGACACUGGUCCCUGGGGACAUCCUGCUGACGGGGACUCCUGCCGGAGUGGGGUUCUUUCGGAAACCCCCUGUCUUCCUUAAGCCUGGGGACGAGGUGCAGUGUGAGAUCGAGGAGCUGGGCACCAUCUGCAACCGCGUGGUCUGACGGUGGAGAGACCCCCCCAGAUCCCAUCGCUGUGGGAUCAAUAAAUCCACUAACAAAGAGAACUCAGAAUCAGUCUACUGAAACGCUCCCUAUCUGAGAAAAAGAUAAUAAAAAGACUGAAAAUGUGGACUAAUUAGCAUGAGAAGUGAGAAAGUAAUAAUCAAUAGAAUAUAGAAUAUUACUUAUUUAAGGGAAUUAUGUAACAUAACCAAUGAACAUGAAUUUCUUUGCUAAAAAUGUAUAAAUAACGAAAAGUUUUGAAA